AUGUCAGAUAGUUUUUCUUUCCCAGAUAAAUGCAGCGGAAGUUGUGCUCAUACUUGUACGUUUGAUGGUAGAAAAUACGAGACACUAGGCGGUCUGACAUCUUCUAUAUCCUGCGUGGUGGACGAUAAUCUUAUAUGUGAUUCGGCUGAUAAAAACCACCAUCAUCAAAAUACACUGGUUCAUGAAUUUGGCCACCUUGUUAUGCAUUAUAUGCCUUCUCAUCUACGAUCACAGGGUGAGGACCUAGCUUUCCUGUGUACCACUGGUCCUGAUAAUGUGGAGGUUCAGUACACCUAUAACCCUGAUGUAUGGAAUGUCCGACAAUACACGCAAAAUUUUACAAAUGUCGAAACCAAAAAAGAAGAUGGUCGAUUAUUUUGUCGCUUCACCCAAAGUUCUUUGCCGAGAUUUGACGAUAAUGGUGCUGUGAACUUUAACCUUACAGAGAAAUGGUAUUUAUUUUUAGCUUAUGGUGGGACGCUUCCACGUUCCUUGAUCGAUUAUAUUACCCUUCACCCUAAUUUAUUUUACUAUUUAUUGAUUUUAACUUAG